AUGCGGAGGUGUGCCAAAAUCCCAAGCGACGGGGUCAGGGGUUGGCGACGCGUCAUCCAACAUUCACUAAGUGCAUCUCCCGAUCCGAUCACCAUGUCAACGGCCCCGCUCUUACUUUCUGCGCGCUGGCACGGUCAUACAGCCGAUGUCCGUGCCAUCGCCUCUUAUGCAUUGGCUGACGGAACAGACUUAAUCCUAUCCGGCUCCCGCGAUCAAUGUGCGCGCUUGUGGGUUCGACUUUCGGACGGCUCAUUGUCGGACGUGCAUGUACUGGACAAUGGCAGCGGAUUCGUCAAUGCCGUCGCAUUUUUCGAGCAGGACGGCACUCUCUACGCUCUCUCGGCUGGCCAAGACACACUUAUUCAUGCCUUUCGUGUUGAUGCUCAUGGUUCCAGCGUGUCUGUGAGUACGACGCCGCAGUUCUCUCUUUUGGGCCAUUCAUCAAACGUAUGCUCCCUUCGCACAUACAAGUCUGAUUAUAUCGUCAGCGGAAGUUGGGACUCUACCGUCAAAGUUUGGAAGCAUUGGAACUGUGUUGCAACACUCUCCGGCCAUACACACUCCGUGUGGUCUGUGCUCCCUAUUGAUGACGAUCGCAUCUUGUCGGCCUCAGCUGACAAGACUGUUUGCUUGUGGUCACUCUCAUCCCCCCAAGAACCAAUCUACAAAUACGAAGGAGCUACGCAGGCUGUGCGUGAUCUUGCACGUUUAAAUGACGCCUCGUUUGUCUGUGCUGGCAACGAUGGUCAGCUUCGUGUGCUUCCUAUUCUGGGUGGCACCGCUGCCCCUCGUACUAUUGCAACUCUCCCAUCCUUUGUUUAUGCGCUCUGUUGCACAAGUACGGAACACAUUGGCGAAAGUAGUCUUAUUAGCUGCGGUGAGGACCGCUGCUUCCGUGUCUGGAGGCAGAACACCCUGUCACAGCUGGUACCGAUACCAGCUCUGUCUGUCUGGUGCGUAUGCACUCUGUCGAACGGCGAUGUCGCUUGUGGUGCUAGUGAUGGUCUUGUGUCCAUCUUCACUCGCGAUGAUGGACGGGCUGCCCCUGCUGAUGUCGCCCGUGCAUUUGCUGACGAGCUUGCCACACAAUCACUCAGCGCGCCAGAAGUGCAGGGUGUUGCUGUGAAGGAGGAUCGUGCAGCUCUUCAUCAGCCUGGCAGGCAUGAAGGCGAUGUGUGCGUGGUUCGCGAAGGGUCCAAAUCUUCCCGCUUCCAUUGGAGUGUUUUCAAGCAACAAUGGAUCCACACAGGCAUCGUCACCGAGGGCGCUGCGUCAUCCUCCAAGACCGAAUUUCAAGGCAAGCUUUAUGACUAUGUAUUUGAUGUCGAUAUUGCGGAUGGAGUACCACCUCUUAAGCUGCCUUACAAUGUGACGGAAAAUACUUACGUCGCUGCAUCGCGAUUCCUCGAGCAGAACAAUUUGCCCGCCUCUUUUCUCGACCAGGUCGUGCGCUUUUUAGAAAAAAAUACCCAAGCAGUCGGUCUCUCGUCCCGAGAUCAAGCUGCUGAUGCAGUCGAUCCUUACACGGGCGGUUCUCGGUACAUUCCUGGCUCUUCCAACGGUCCUUCGCCCUCUGCGCCUGCGCCAACCUCUCUGAAGACGUUGCCACAAACACAGUACCUUUCAUUCUCUCACACGCAACUUGAUGCCGCCCAUGCCAAGCUCCGGUCGUUUAGCACAAGCGUACCUGGUGCCACACUCACAGACGAUGAUGCCCAAGACAUCUCUAAGCUUGUUGCUGCGCUCGGCUCAGGCUCAGGCGUCAUGAAUGUCGAUGUACUCAGUAAACUCCUUCACACUUGGCCCGUCUCUGCGCGGUUUCCUCUUCUCGAUUUGCUCCGCGCAGCCGCUUUGCACCCAUGCACGCAACCAUUCCCAUCGAUCGUUAGCGAUGCCCUUGUCGGAGCUGACUGGGACGCACUUGAUGCACCAGGCAUCGAUGCUAAGGUUGCAUCAGCUAAUGCAAUGCUUGCUCUUCGCACACUUGCAAAUGGCUUUGUGACACCUAAUGGCCCUGCAACGAUGGAUGCACUUGCUCUCGAGGCGCUUGCGACGUUGCGCCAUCCGCCAUGGCAUAUAUUGAAUCGGCCAGGACAAACUGCUCUGGCAACUGUCGCACUAAACUAUUCGAUUCGUGCUGUCACUCAGCCCAAGUUUGAGCAAGCAAGUCUCUUGCUUGAUUUGAUUGCAGAUGUACGUUCAUUUCCGCUUUGUCGCAUACUUACCAUCGCCUUUUUUCAAGAUUCUUUCUCAGCCCGCAGAAGGCGAAUGUGUGUAUCGAGCACUCGUGGCUUUGGGUAA